GGCGGUUGCGCACGCGGGCACCCACCUGAUGGUCUUCUCGCUUCGAAAUGCUCUCCAGCAGCUGCGCCUUGUCAAAAGCGCUCUGGGGGGCAGUGCUCCGGCGAGCAGGAGGCCCACGGCCGUGCUCAGGCGCCCGUGUCGGUGAAACCGUAGCGGUCUGCGCGGCAGCAGGGCCUCGCGCCGGCCCGCAGCAGCAGCCGGGCUACGGCCUCCCCCCCGCCGCCGUCGCCGCGGUGCGCGUAGAACAGCGGUUCGAGCCCCUCCGCGAGCCCGCCGCCGCCGCCGCGCGCGCGGCGCUCGUGCGGCGGGUCUGGGGCGGACCACCGGGGUCUGCUGCGUCGAGCGCCGCGUGGAGGGCCGUGGCGCCGGCGCCCGCCCUGUGGGCGUGACUGUCGCGCCAAGACUCGACCUCGCCCCGCCACCGCGGCGCCGCCUGGCAGCACCGCAGGAGUUCCGGCACGCGCAGGUACGGCAGCGACAGCGGAAGCGCCAGCGCUGCCAGCCCAGCCUCCUCGGGCUUCCUGCUAUUCGCCUCCCCUCGUGGCGCGAGCCUCGGGCUCGGCCAUCGGCGGCGAGACCUCCCCCACGGCCUCUGCACCACGCCGCCGCGCCGGCCACCCCUCGGCACUCGUCGAACAAGGGCAAGCGGAAUCAUCGGCGGUGGGCAAACCUCGCUUCAGUAAACCUCCCUUUGGUGAAGACGGCCUGGGGCCGAAACCGACGGACCUGGACCCGCAAAAAUGACGGCCGCGACGCCCUCUCGCGAACCGAAAACGGCCAAUUCGCUAAUCGACGUGUCGGGGUGGGAGUUCUGUCCCCCCCCUGAACGAGGGCAAGCGGCAUAAGCACAAAACCAUUGUGCAGGGCCCCCCCGGCGGCGCCUCCGGCGCCUGGAGCGCUCUGCGCGCCAAGGGCCCCGAGAUCCUCUUCGUCGUGUUUUUUUCCAUACGGGGU